AUGAAGUUGUACCUAGUGUUGAUCGGACUGAUCUGCUAUCUAUCUGUUCUGAGUGUCAGCUCAGUCGAUGGAGCAGAAAGUCCUCGAAUUAUCAUCGUUGGUGCUGGUGCAGCGGGUAUUGCUGCUGCUAGUCGCCUCUAUCAACGAGGCCUAAAGAACAUAACGAUUCUCGAGGCGUCCCACCGAAUGGGUGGUCGUAUUCGUACUACACCAUUUGGAAGUGGCAUUGUGGAAAUCGGAGCACAAUGGUGCCACGGAGAACAGGGCAACGUUGUGUAUCAGCUGGCGAAGGUGUACCCGGGUCUACUCAAGUCCUCCAUCAUCGCUGACAAGGAUGCUGCGUUGAUCCGUUCCAGUGGAAUUAAAGUACCCGACGCAGUGGCAGAAAGGCUGCAGACUAUGGCGGAGGAUAUUGUCAAUUCUGAUGAACGCGACGCAUUCGCCGGAAGUUUAGGAGAGUUUUUCACCCAGAAAUACUGGCUAAAACUCAAGGAACCUGCGUUCAGUGACAUCAGCAAGGAGCUGGCCGAACAGUUCCUGGUGUACUAUCACAAUUACGAACGAGGAUACACCGCAUAUGACACGUGGUACGAUGUCGCGGCUAGCGAGACCGAUAGCUACGUGGAACCAGCCGGCAACCAGGACAUUGCAUGGAAUGGGAAGAAGGGAUUCUCUUCCAUCUUCGACAUCGUGUCCGGUAAUUUUCCAGGAACUACCAAUAGUACCCUCACACCUGUUCCUCUAGGUAAUCUAAUUACCUAUGGUAAAUUCGUGUCCAACAUCCAGUGGAAAGGGUCUGCCGAAGGGGACGUGAUCGUAUCCGCCCAAGAUGGCUCUCAAUACGAAGCAGAUAACGUUAUCGUCACUGUUUCCCUUGGUGUGCUGAAGGAAAACUACAAGACUAUGUUCACGCCAGCUCUGCCAACCGUUAACCAGCAAGCUAUCACCGGACUUUACUUUGGAACGGUGAACAAGAUCUUCGUCCGGUUCGAUGCACCCAUCCCAGAGGACAUGCCCAAUACCGUCCACCUGCUCUGGUAUAAAUCGGAUUUAGAUACUCUCCGUUCAACGCCGCAUGCAUGGGCUGAGGCCAUUUCCACCUUUUUCCGUAUCGACAACCAACCAAACGUGUUGAUGGCUUGGAUGAACGGUGCCGAAGGACGUGGUGCGGAAAACCUACCAGAAGCCCAGCUAAAAGAAGGCAUAUUGCAUCUGCUGAAGAUUUUUACUAAGGAUCUGGUCUUUGGCAACAUCCAAGAAGUUCUACGAUCACAGUGGUCGUCGGAACGUCUUUUCCGUGGAUCGUACUCCAGUCGAUCGAUCACCACCGAGGAGUUGAACACGGGCGCUAAAUACCUUGGAGAACCGGUCAAGAAUGCUGCAAACGAGCCCGUCCUGUUGUUCGCUGGGGAAGCUACCAACCCGAUCCACUACUCCACCGUCCAUGGCGCUCUGGAUAGCGGAUUCCGUGAAGCUGAUCGAUUACUGAGCUUGUACAGCUAAGUGAUCUG